AUGGAGAAUCCAGUUAUGUCAACAGGACACAAUUUGUUAGCCAUUGCAAGUUGGGUUACAGGGGAUGUACGAAUUGACUGCAUUUUCAUGCUGAAAGUUCAUGGUGCAGUUGAGGGUAUUGCAGAAAAGCUAUCAACAUCAACCACCGAUGGUAUUUGUACUUCUGCUGAUUUGCUUAGCCGACGAAAAGAAAUAUAUGGGAUCAAUAAGUUUAUUGAGAGCCCACCAAGGAGCUUCUGGAUUUUUGUAUGGGAAGCUCUUCAAGAUACAACCCUCAUGAUACUUGGUGUUUGUGCUUUUGUAUCGUUGGUUGUUGGCAUAAUGACUGAAGGAUGGCCAAAGGGUGCACAUGAUGGACUUGGUAUUGUUGCAAGUUCAAUGGAAUUGCUAUCCGCUAUCAUUAAAGAAUAUAGUGGCUCGAUGAAUAUUUCAAUGGAAAUUACGCUCCUACAACAGCUACUACCAGAAUUAGCUUCCCAAGAACGGAUGCUAAAACAAAAAGGAAAUGCAAAUGCAUCAACAGGCGAGUGUAGUCGAAUGAAUAAAGCAGUGGGCUCUCUCAAAAACACCAGAUGCAAGUAUUUCAGAUUGAAGCGAAAGGUUGCUUUAAUUGAAAAACAAUACAAGAGCCAUCCAAAAAAAUUAAUAGUUCAGCUUAUACGUUUUGUGAAUAGAUUCACAAAGUUGGCAAAGUUGACAAACUUUACAAGCAGACAUGUUCCGAUUCAUCAAAAUGCCCAUUACACAACAACUUGGAACUUUGGCCCCCCAAAGUUCACAUGUCAAUAUUGUGGAGCUCUGUUAUGGUAUGAAGAACGGACAACAAAAACAGUACAAACAACAAAACCAAUAUUCUCAUUUUGUUGUAUGGGAGGAGGUCGUGUACAACUUCCUUUAUUGAGCGAACCACCACCUUAUCUCAAGUAUCUUUUGGGUACAAAAUCUAGACAACUAGGUAUGAAUUUUCGAAAAAACAUCAGGGCUUAUAACUCAAUAUUUGCAUUUACAUCCAUUGGUGGCCGAGUUGAUGGAUCUAUCAAUCGUUCAAAGGGGCCAUACGUUUUCAGGAUGAGUGGUCAGAAUUAUCAUCGUAUAGGAUCUUUAUUGCCUGAAAUUGGUAAAAGACCCCAGUUUGCUCAGCUAUAUAUAUAUGAUACUGAAAAUGAGAUAAACAACAGAAUGAAUUGUCUGUCGCAAGGAGACAUUGAUCUUAAAAUUGUUCAUGGCUUAUCUGAAAUGUUGGACGAGCAUAAUAUAUUGGUAAAAACAUUUCGAAUGGCUAGGGAUAGAUAUAAAGAGCAUCCUGAAUGUGAAUUUCGCCUACGUCUCAUAUCUAACAGGACAACAGAUGGUCGGCAAUAUAAUAUACCCACAACUUCUGAAGUAGCUGGAUUAAUAGUGGGUGAUCUUACGGAAGAAAACUUCCAGCGAGAUAUUAUUGUAGAGCAUAGGAAAAAUGGACUUCAAAGAAUUACUGAUCUACACCCAAGUUUUAUGUCUAUGACAUACCCAUUAAUACACCCAUAUGGUGAAGAUGGAUAUAGACUUGGAAUAAAUUUGGCAGAUGUGAUCAACAAGACUUACCAGCGACAAAAAUUAUCAAUGAGAGACUUCUAUUGCUUUAGAAUACAACAAAGGCUUAACGAGGGUAAGACUCUCUUACUAGCUGGUAGACUAUUACAACAAUACAUUGUUGACGGUUACAUGGCAAUCGAGGAAGAAAGAUUUCGUUAUAUUCGAAAUAAUCAAACAAAACUCAGAGCUGCUCUUUACUCUGGUUUAAUGGAUGCCAUUCUUCGUGGUGAUUCAGAUUGUUCACUGGUAGGAAAAACAGUUAUCCUGCCUUCAUCUCACACUGGAGGACCUCGCUAUCGGGCACAAAAUUAUCAAGAUGCAAUGGCAAUUUGUAGGUGGGCUGGAUAUCCAGAUUUGUUCCUCACUUUCACAUGCAAUCCAAAGUGGCCCGAAAUAAAUGAAAUGCUUCGCUUAAUAGACCAAUCUGGCGAUGAUAACAGGGUGGACAUCGUAUGCAGAGUGUUCCAAAUCAAGUUAUUCCAACUGAUGCAAGAUCUGAAAAAGCAACAGCCUUUUGGAAAAAUAAUCGCAUGUUUAUAUACAAUUGAGUUUCAGAAAAGAGGACUACCUCAUGCACAUAUACUACUCUUCCUGCAUCCCACAUUAAAAAGUCCAUCUAUAGAUCAUAUCAACACAAUGAUAACAGCUGAAAUACCUAAUAUGGAAGUCGAUCCUGAUGGUUAUAAUGUUGUGAAGAACUACAUGAUGCAUGGACCUUGCGGAGACCUCAAUCCAGGAUGCCCAUGUAUGAAACAAGGAAAGUGCAGCAAGCAUUUCCCAAAGAAGUUCAACAAUCAAACAACUUUUGAUGCAGAUGGGUUCCCAAUUUAUAGGAGAAGAAACACAGGUACAAAAGUCAAUAAAAAUAAUGUCUUUUUAGAUAACAGAUAUGUCGUCCCUUAUAACAGGAAUUUGAUUGUCAAAUUUGAUGCACAUAUAAAUGUCGAGUUAUGCAAUUACUCAAGAUCGGUGAAGUACCUAUUUAAAUAUGUCAAUAAGGGAUCUGAUAGAGCAACAAUCGGCAUAGAAUGUUCAGAUACUACCACAGAACAUGAUGAGAUCAAAAGAUAUCUAGAUUGUAGAUACAUAUCAGCUACAGAAGCUUGCUGGAGGAUCUUUAAAUUUGACAUACAUCAUAGAGAGCCAGCAGUUGAGCGUUUGCCAUUCCAUUUACAAGGAGAAAACACCAUAGUAUUCCAAGAAGAAAGGUGUCCUGAAAGCAUACUAAACAAACCCGAUAUAGUAAAAACAAAAUUCACAGAAUGGUUUGAGGCAAACAAAGAAUAUGAGGAUGCGCGAGACCUAACAUAUUCAGAUUUUCCUACACGGUGGGUUUGGGAUGCAACAGGUAAAAGAUGGACUAGAAGAAAAAAGGGGAAGUCAAUUGGUAGAAUUUACUUCGCGCAUCCUGCAAGUGGAGAACGAUUUUACAUAAGAAUGUUACUUAAUUUUGUGAAAGGAAGCACUUCCUUUGAAAGCAUAAGAACAAUUAAUGGAGUCCGGUAUGAUACUUAUAAGGAGGCAUGCUACGCAUUGGGAUUAUUGGAGGAUGAUAAAGAAUGGAAUGACUGCUUGGCUGAAGCUGCAUGUUGGGCAUCAGGAAAUGAGCUGAGAAAUCUGUUUGUGACGAUACUAAUUCACUGUCAAGUGUCUGAUUCAUCCAAACUUUGGAGGAGCAACUAUGAAAUUUUAUCAGAAGAUAUAACAUCAUUACAACGAAAGAGAUUUCAAUUGGAAGAUUUACAGUUUACUGAAAAACAACUUGAAUCAUAUACGUUAUUUGAGAUCGAAACCAUACUUGUGAAGAUGGGAAAAAGUUUGAAAGACAUACAUGGAAUGCCACUUCCAGAUUCUACUUUGAUGAAUGACACAGGGAAUCGUCUAAUCAAUAAGGAACUAGAAUAUGACAAACGUUGCUUAAAGGAAGUACAUGAUAAAUCAUAUGCUCUCUUAAAUGAUUGCCAAAAGAUAGCUUAUGAGGCAAUAAUAUCAUCAGUUGUAAAUGAAGAAGGCCGCUUAUUUUUUAUAAAUGGACAUGGUGGUACGGGAAAGACAUUUUUAUGGAAUACAAUAAUUUCCAAGUUGAGAUCAGAAUCAAAAAUAGUUCUUCCAGUUGCUACUUCCGGAAUAGCGGCUUUGUUAUUACCAAAUAGUAGGACAGCACAUUCACGAUUUCAUAUCCCUUUGGACAUCAGUGCAGAAUCAACUUGUGAAAUAAGACAAGGAAGUCAGUUAGCCGAACUACUUCUGAAAACAUCUUUAAUCAUUUGGGAUGAAGCACCAAUGGCAAAUAAAUUUUGUUUUGAAGCCUUAGACAGGACCUUGCGAGAUAUUCUCCGAGUGAAAUAUGAAAACAACUCAGAUAAACCAUUUGGCGGCCUUACAAUCGUAUUUGGUGGUGAUUUUCGUCAAAUACUACCAGUGAUUCCAAAAGGAACACGAGCUGAUAUUCUAGAUACAUCACUCAACUCCUCAUAUUUGUGGCCAUUCUUUACAAUUUAUGAGCUGAAACAAAAUAUGCGACUUUGCUAUGGAAGAGUAUCUGAUUUUGAGGCCGCUGAAAUUACUACUUUCGACAAAUGGUUGUUACAAAUUGGGGAUGGAUCCUUUUAUAGUGAUGUUGACAAUGACCUUAUUAAAGUACCUACUGAUAUAUGUAUAAUGCCAUCCACUGAUCCAAUCGGGUCAAUCGUCGAGGCAGUUUACCCAUCCCUCUUGCAGAAGUACAAUGACCUAACAUAUUUGCAAGAAAGAGCAAUACUUACUCCUAAAAAUGAAAUGGUCCAUGAAUUGAAUGAUACAAUUAUGCAAAUGAUUCCAGGUGAAGGAAGAACAUAUUUUAGCUCAGAGAAUGUGUGUAAAGCAAGUGUUAACACUAAUGAUGAAGAUCUGCUGUACCCAACAGAAUUUUUAAAUAGCUUAAGAUUUCUGGGAAUUCCUAAUCAUGACGUACACUUAAAAGUAGGUACUCCAGUUAUGCUUCUCAGGAAUCUAAAUCAAAGUGAAGGACUAUGCAAUGGAACAAGAUUGAUUGUCACACAUCUUGGUAACUGGUCUAUUAGCGCAAAUAUCAUCUCCGGAAAGAACAUUGGCUCGAAAGCAACAAUACCAAGAAUUAUUAUGUCUCCUAAUGAUUCAAAGUGGCCAUUCAAGUUUAACAGACGACAACUUCCUGUAGCACCAUGUUUCGCUAUGACGAUUAAUAAAAGUCAAGGACAGUCUCUCAACCAUGUUGGAUUGUAUCUUCCUAAACAAGUAUUCACUCAUGGCCAAUUAUAUGUAGCACUAUCCCGAGUAACAACAAGACAAGGAUUAACUAUACUAAAUGUUGACGACGACAUGGAAGAUCCUAUGUUCAUUAAAAAUAUUGUUUACACAGAAGUAUUUCAAAAUAGAUGUCCUCAAGCUGAAAUAGAAACAUGGUAUACACUUGAAGACUGA